CAGAAAGAACAGUAAAAAUGCAGGCAGGGCACAGGACAAAGCACUCGGGACAAAAUGUAUGUGAAAAAAAAUGACCGUUUUUUAAAAUUUUUAAAUUUGCCGCCGGUUCCAGCCCCCGUACGUCCUGAUGUCACAGGGACCGGAACACGGAAGCCGGAUGCCGGCAUUGGCCGGGGACGCUGCAGGGGACACAUCGCUGGAGCGAAGGACAAGGUAAGUGCUGCAGGGACUCCCUGAGCAACGCUACAUGGUAAGCCCGAGUGUAGCUCAGGGAUACUGCUUUUGGUACUGAAA